AACACUGUUAUACUUUACAUAGGUCAAUUUGAACAAAAUCAAUCUUCAUAUUUUCUAAAUAUGUACAAAAUGACUUAUGACAAUUUUUACAAAUUGGAUAAAAGAUACAUGAUGAGCAUAUCUUUAUAAUGCUUAUAUAUAAUACUACCAUAAGAAAUGUGUUGUAGAAUUACUUUAAAGUGGGUUUAGUUGACGGGGUGUAUUGUGUAGUUUUUGACAACUCCGUAAGAGGAAUCGCGAUUAAACUAACUAUUAAAUAUUAUCCGUUCUAUUUUUAAGUGUACCUGUGUACUUUAUUUUGUUUAACACCAAUAUACAUCUGUCUCCUACAGUGGUCUAUUUUUGAAAUUUCUUAAGUAAAAAUAACCACCGUUUCCGUGGGCAUAUAAGAGAUGAUAUCGAGGAGCCAUUUUUUGUGUAUAAAUUACAAUUUCUAAUUAUUCCUAAACAAUAAACAUGUGUGCUGUAUUUUAAGUGGUUCAACUUAACCUAGGUGUUUAAAAUCAGAAAUGGCUAUGGAAUUGCUUUAAUAUGAGGCAACAGCUAAUGUUUAAAAUGUAAUAAUAAAACAGUUAAAAGUAUGAUUUUAUUUACUUGUCGUUAAAGUUAUAAGUAGUUUUAUUAAAGGAUAGCCACGGUGGCGUCUGGCCCAGAGUGUGGCCCUGUGGCCGCCGAUAAGGGGGCUGAUUGUUGGUGGUCUCCCCUGGCGGCCAUGGGCUGUUUUGGGAAUAGAGAUGCCGCACAAACAUCUGAAGACAUUAGGACUCAGAAAAGAAUUAGUGAUCAAAUUAAUCGGCAGCUAGCUAAGGAGAAGCAGGUGUAUCGUGCUACACAUCGUCUUCUUUUGUUGGGUGCUGGUGAAUCUGGCAAAUCGACAAUCGUAAAGCAAAUGCGUAUUCUGCAUGUAAAUGGCUUUAGCGAAAAAGAGAAGAAACAGAAAAUAGAAGAUAUCAAAAAGAAUAUUCGUGAUGCCAUAAUUACAAUUACAGGGGCAAUGUCAACAUUGAGCCCACCAGUAGCUCUAGAAAAUCCAGAAAACCAGGUUAAAGUAGACUGGAUCCAAGAUUGCGCUACUGGCCCUGAUUUUGAUUACCCUCCUGAAUUUUAUGACCAUACAGAAGCUCUCUGGAAAGAUAGGGGUGUACAAGCAACCUUUGAAAGAAGUAAUGAAUACCAAUUGAUAGACUGCGCAAAAUACUUCCUUGAUCAAGUUCAUACAAUUCGACGACCAGACUACACACCAACGGAGCAAGAUAUUUUACGUUGCCGUGUACUUACAAGCGGUAUUUUUGAAACGCUCUUCCAAGUUGAUAAAGUCAACUUUCAUAUGUUUGACGUUGGCGGUCAACGAGACGAAAGGCGAAAAUGGAUCCAAUGUUUCAAUGACGUUACAGCGAUCAUUUUUGUCACAGCUUGCAGUUCAUAUAAUAUGGUUUUACGGGAGGAUCCGACACAGAAUCGUUUGAGGGAAAGCUUAGAUUUAUUUAAAUCAAUAUGGAACAACAGAUGGUUGAGAACUAUAUCUGUGAUUCUAUUUCUCAAUAAGCAAGACCUACUUGCGGAAAAAGUUUUAGCGGGCAAAAGCAAGUUAGAAGAUUACUUUUCAGAAUUUUCAAGAUACCAACCCCCUGUAGAGGUCGCAAAUGAUGCAAAUGAGCCACCUGAAGUUUUUAGAGCAAAAUAUUUUAUUAGAGAUGAGUUUCUGCGCAUAAGCACAGCUUCGGGGGAAGGCAAGCACUUUUGUUAUCCUCAUUUUACUUGUGCCGUGGAUACAGAUAAUAUCAAGAGAGUGUUUAAUGACUGCCGAGAUAUCAUCCAACGUAUGCAUCUUCGUCAAUAUGAACUAUUAUAACCGCCCAUCUCAUUUUAUGGCAUCUUUGGCCUCCAGCGUUAUUAAAUUUUCCUCAUUUUGCUUUAAUUUAUCGAGCUGAAAUAAAUAAUUAAUAUAUUCAUAGCAUUGCAUAUGUGACGUAUAACAAAAUUUCCGAAAACAGUAGGACCAAUAAAAACAACGCAAGAGUUGAUUUUCUUAAUUUAAAAGUGAAUCUCCACAUUUAAAAAGUACAAAUUAAGGAAAUACGGAAUAUGCAAUAUAUAUAUAACACAUAUAUUUAUGUAUGUAUGAUUGGGAUGUGUGCGAGAAUGCGUGUAUAUGUAGAAGAGAGGCUGGUGUAUAUAUAUAUACAUACAUAUACAUGUAUUUAUGUAUAUAUGUAUAUUUGAGAAAUAAUAAUUUCUCGAGUUGAACCGUGUCUCAUGCUCUAAUAUUCCUCGUAUAAAUAAUACUGGAAACCCAUCCCAACAGAAUGUCUCAGAAUAAAAUAUUUCAAAGUUCGCGGACACUAGUAAGAAAGUAACGCGAUCUCUAGAUCUAUUCAAUUUCAAGAUGUAGGGUGUUUAAAAGAUGUAAUUUUCAUUUAACAGUUCUAACUAAUCAUAAAAUUACACGUAAUUUAUUUCCUGGUAAGGUAAAAUGCGUAAGUACGGUAAAAGUGGCUUAAAUGAUAUUUUAUUGAGUUGAAAAGAGUUUGGGUAUCAGUUUAAGACAGAAUACAUGGUGCGACGUAUUGCCGGACAAGAGGAUGUUUAAAAAAUAUAUAUACAGUGAGCCGCAAAAGUAUGGAAU